UCCCAUUGGCCAGCCAGUUCUGUUUUGCUUCCAUUUGUGUGUGAUUGUUCUGUUCCAGAUCAAAAUAAAAACAUAUUCUUGUGAAACAGCUUUCAGAAAGCGGUUCGAAACGUUUGCUUGCUGUUGAAUUUACGGGAAAAGUAGUUAAGAUGAGUGCUAAGAAGAAAGAUUUAGAAAUCGUGUACAGUCUGAAAUGGAAAAACAAGCCAAAACGCGAAGACAAAGAGAUGUCCAUUGUGGCUGUUUACGAUAUACCAGCUACGACAUUGAAUUUCGAAGUGUUUAAAAGCUAUUUGCUAAAGAAUUCCGGUACUUCUGAAAAUGACGUCAGAGUUUCCUACAUCAUGGACAAAGGAAAAGAGUUCCCUAUCCUGUCCCAAAGUGACUUUCAAGCGGCACUUUUCGCCUUCAGACGCAAAGCCAGAUCAGGAGAAAUCAUCAAUUUACUGUUGGAGAGGAUUUCUGAUCAACCUGUCCAUAAAAAUCUGCGCCAUUCCAACGACGUCGAAACUCAAUUUGAUAACAUAGAGCCGAGCUCUAUUGUUUCUACUUGUUGUAACAUUGAUUCGCCCCCAGAAUGGUUUCUUAGUUCUAUUGCUCAGCUGAAGAAGGAGCUAACCUAUGAGAUCACAGCUGCUGUAUCCAGCGUUGUGUCCAGCGUUGUGUCCAGCGCGGUGGCCAACGUCAAGCCACAGUUGCCACCGCCUCCGCCGCCUCAACCCUGUCACCAUCACCACUCGAGAAAAUGCAAGCCGGAGAAAAGAAUGAGGAAAGUCACCCCUCACACGGUGGAGCACAACGUAGAUACAAAAGACCUGAUAAAAUCGAUGAAACUCGAUCACAAAUUGGAGAAGCUGGAACGUAAGACAUCGAAAUAUAGAGAGAAGCGUCUUGCCUUACAAACCGCUGUCAAAUCGAGUGACAGCGAAGCUGGACAUUCAAGCAGCAGAAGCAGAUCCAGAGACAAGAAUGAGAAACCCAAAGAGGAACAGGAACCUAAAAUGGACGCCAAACCUGUCAACAGUCAAAGUGUAGUACCGCAUAUGUUGGGUGGGGAAGUAUAUUUGCACCAGUGGGAAGUACAGAAUACAGGCGAGGCACCAUGGACAUCUAAGACCCAACUUCAUUAUACAUGGGGAUCCAAAUCAUUGGAACCAGUUGACAAAGUGAUUUCGGUACCACCAUUGAAACCAGGAGAAAAAGGAACUAUCUCAGUUUGUCUUCAUAUUCCCGGUCAAAGCGGCAAAUAUGAAUGCUACUGGCAAUUUAUGCACGACAGGCGUCGUUUCGGCCACUGGCUUGGUUGCCAAGUCGUCGUCGACCCGUUCGAUCUGAAAGGAAACCGAUCCGUUCUGGCAACGUCGAACGCACCCACCAACCUUGACUUCAAACCUGAAAACGCGUCCGCUCCUACCUAUGGUUUUAUUCCUGACGAAGCUGUAGCUUUGGCACGUUUUGAAGAGUUUUUAAAGGGGACUAAUGGAGACCCAGCACAAAGAAAAUCCAGCGAUUCGUCCAAAUCUGCUGAAGCUCUGGCUUCAUUAUACAAAUCUUUGCAAAAUGAUCAGAAGAAAGAUGAAGACAGUGUUGUGAAAACUAUUACAGAAGAAUUGGUUUGUGAGGUAUCUGAAAACGUUGAUCAUAUUAGUUUUGACGAAAAUGAAGAUUCUGAUACAAAUUCUAGCGACGACGAGAACCUGAGCGAGAGCCUCCUGGCCGGCUACAGCUCCUCCAAGAACAGCUUCAAAGACGAAUUCGUCCUGGUUCCCGUUCCCCAAUGUUUCGUGGUGGACGGCGACCCACCCGCCCCCUCCAAAGGUGAAGGCAAAGUUUGGCGCACUCAGGCCACCACCGACCUGCCCCGCACCUCGUCCACGCCGAAAAUGUCGAAGGCAGUUUCUGGCGGCAGUUUCGACGACAACAACAAUGAGAGUCGCGCCUCCGGCUCGUCGGGCAACAGUAUCAAGCUGCGCGACGAAGACCUGGACAACGUGGUGGUGAUCACUGUGCCCAAGGACGACCAGGUCAAGGAAGGGUUCAUUUACGUGCACGUGGACGGGCAGAAGGUGCUCAUUCCGAAGAAUAUCCUGAAAUCGGAAGUGGUGGACGCGGCCAAUGCUUUGGAGAAACAGCCUGGGGAGAGUAAACCAGUGGGAGUGGUUAUAGAGUCCAACGAGAGUUCCAGUCCUAAACCCACUUCAUCAACGGCUUCAACAAUCGGCGCCGAUGACGCCGCCGGCAAUACCACGGAUGGCGCCGCCUCAACCAAGACCCCUUCAACAUCGCAACCGGCCAAAAACGAGGAAAAAACCUCGAAUAGUCCGAUAGACAUGACCGUGAAGGGGCUCGGUGGUUCCCAGAACGAUCUGCGCAGCGACUACUUCGAGGCGAACAACUACACCAGCCACUGUUCGGCCGCGGGGUCCUGCUUUUCCGAGGUGAACGCGCAGGCGCAGAAACAGGAGCGAAGGAAACUGUUCGUUUUCCCCCUGGAAGUGCCCGGAUACGAGGUGAUCUAUCCCACGUUGAACGUUAACAAUCCUGAUAAUCCUAUACUAGAGGAAGGCACAGUUGCUCGAGCUCCACCGUCCACUGGUACUUCAACACCGCCCGCCACCAACCCAUUCAGCGAAAUGGAUCAUGUGCCCAACUACCAACAAACCCUCCCCAUAGAUAUACCGGUACCAGAAAAUUAUGUCUGCACUAGAAUAGUUGAGGAGGUACCGUCGGCACCCGUAGAACAGCCCAAAGACGUACCGGUACAAGACGAAAACACGACCCACGCUCGAGUGGUUCAACAACCAUCUUCGGCAGUGGAAAAUCCCGCGCAGGUGCACAUUCUGCCCGAAACCAUUGUGAACGGGGCCGUAAACGUCGCUUCUUCGGCUAUCAACACCGCCAGAUCGGUAAUCAGCCACAUGAUUAAUCCGCAACAGGCUCCAGGACAAUGGGUGAACGGUCAUUGGGUCAGCAACAACACCCAAAGUCCCAGAGAGGUCAAUUUGCAGGCUUUGGCAGAGAUGGGCUUCUGGAACCGCGAUCUGAACGCCACACUUUUGGCGCGUUACGAUGACGAUUUGAACAGAGUCGUGGCCGAAUUGGUUCAAUAAAUUCAUACAUACAUAAUAUUAUACUUCGUUAGAUUUUUAAAGUUUUUUUCUUUCCAGAAAAACAUAUAUUUUUAAUUUAAACAUAUAUAGUAUAUUAUAUUUCAUUACUCUUAGUUUAAGUUAGCACCCUCUGUUAUAAUCAAGUAUUACCCGUGCAUUUAACGUAGAAGUUCUUGGUAAAAUCAACUUGUCAAGUAGGCCAGGUUUAUUCAGUGGCGGUUAAAAGUUUUUUCAAUAAUUCUAUCUUGUUUUGAAAGUUAUGAGGCACCAAAAUGAACAAAAUCUGGCGUUAGCGAUUUAGUAUUUUUAUCUCGAAAAAUAAUAAAGUCUGUUCGUUUUCUCAAGGGGGAGAGGGGGAGAGAGGGAGGGAGGAAGAGAGAGAGAGAGAGAGAUUACGAGAUAGUUACGGAAUGGGUUAACAUCUGUGGUAACGAACUGGUUACUGAUUUCAAAUAUGGUUAGGAUGACUGAUACCUAACGCCAAAACGCCUUCUGUUGCCACCAGUCUGGCUUAUCUAUGGCAGUGUGGCCAGAUUGGGCGCUUUUCAGACUUUAUUUGCGCCAGAAAAAAAAAUAAAAAGCCCAAAGUGCAAAUUGGGCGUUUUUAAUUUUCUAGAUUGAGAUAGAUAGAUAGAGAGAGAGAGAGAGAUGUUUUGAUUUCCAAAACAAAACCUGUUUCUGAAAGACGAGUUUUCGCGUUUACCAGGUUACGGAAUGGGUUAACAUUUGUGGUAACGAACUGGUUACUGAUUUCAAAUAUAGUUAGGAUGACUGACACCUAACGCCAAAACGCCUUCUGUUGCCACCAGUCUGGCUUAUCUAUGGCAGUGUGGCCAGAUUGGGCGCUUAUCAGACUUUAUAUGCGCCAGAAAAAAAAUAAAAAGCCCAAAGUGCAAAUUGGGCGUUUUUAAUUUUCUAGAUUGAGCGUUUUUAAUUUUCUAAAAUUCUAGAGAUUAGAGAUUAUGUUGAUGAAUUUCUUUUUUUCCCGACAAUAUUUUGUCACAGUAAAUUGUUGUCAUUUUUUUGUAAUUUUAUGUAAUUAAAUAAUUCAUAAGUCAAAAUUUAGAGUUAUAUACCCGGCUAUGAUAGCCCGACUCAUUUACCAGAUUACACCAAAUUACAGACCGCUAGCUACUACGUAUACGAGCAGUCUUAACCAUAAAAUAAUGGAUGCAGAUUUUUUAACCAUAGUUAUCAUGUUAUCAACCAAUACUAUCACUUGGAUAAGUUUUGGACUGGUUAAAUUUGUUUAUUGUACUGAUUUGCGCUUUUUGGUGCUUUUUUAGAACUGAUUUGGCGCCUUGAAUUUCAAAAAUCUGACAAUACUGCUUGUAACCAGAGAACGUGACCGGCUUUCGAGCUAGGUCACGAAAAUCGUAACCAGGUUAGAAGUAUCGACGUUGCCAAAUUUCAUUACCAGAAAUAUAAAACACUGCGUAAACGCGGUUACUAGUAACUAGAUUAUGAAUUUCGUAACCAGGUAAACGCGAAAACUCGCCUAUAGUUAGAAAACGCCAUGUUAGUAAACGCCUUAACUUCAAUAAUUGAGAUACAAGUGUGUCACUCAAAAGAUUAUGGUAUUUUUUCAAUUAAAUGAGAAGAGAGACACACAUUUCUUGUAAGCCUGACGAUGUGAUAACUUAAAAAUUCCCGGAGUUAGUCGUGUGGCACAAACUCUUUUUAUAAUGUUGUGCACAGCUAUUGGGUUCUUUCGUGGCUCACUUUGACCAGUUUAAUCUGUUGGAUAUUUUAGAAGUGUCCUUUUUGCACUUGAUGUUUGAUAGUUUUAUUUUAUAUCGACGUGGUUAAUAUAAUAUUACAACUAAUUGCUGAAAAAAAAUUACCGAGAUGUUUGAGGUGUGCUUUUAUUUUUAUUAGUGUGAUACAAGGAGUUAUACCACUUACCUAUAUUCUGGUAAUAUGGUAUAGAAGUAGAUUUAAGAGCAGGUAUUUGGUAUUUCUAACCGUAAUGUAGCUGUAAUUGAUUUUUGAGGAUAGGCUAUUCUACUUUUUGUUGGUGGUAAACCUUUCGUAUAUAUAAUAAUCUGUAUGUGAUAAUUGAUUGUUAAAUAUAAUCUUCGUUCCAAGUAUA